GCCCCAGACUCACUUAUCCAAUACACCACAUUACACAAAAUGGCCUUCCAAACUGGCCUCUCUUCUUCUUUUCUUGAAUCUCAUCUCCAUGUUACACCAGUUAACGUUGUUUCUCAAAAUGUCACUCAAAAUGGAAAUGGUAUUCAAAAUAGCGCUUCUCUUUCUCCCGUGUUUCCCGGCUACUAUGCUGAUCUUGCUCCAAGCUGGCCCGAGGAGGCACAUGUGUAUAAGAUAGAGAAGAUCAUAUUCCAAGAGAAAUCGCAGUAUCAAGAUCUUUUUGUUUUUCAGACAGCAACACAUGGGAAGGUUGUGAUCUUGGAUGGGUCUCUUCAACUCACAGAGAAAGAUGAGUUUGCUUAUCAAGAAAUGCUCACUCACCUCCCACUCUGUUCUAUUCCCAAUCCCAAAAAGGUUUUGCUCAUUGGAGGUGGUGAUGGAGGAAUUCUUCGAGAAGUAUCUCGACAUUCUUCUGUGGAGCAUAUUGAUAUUUGCGAUCUUGACAAAAUGGUGAUAGAUGUUUACAAGAAGUUUUUCCCAGACAUUGCUGUUGGAUACGAGGAUCCUCGGGUGAAUGUAACCAUAGGCGACGGUGCGGCGUUCAUCAAGUCUAUUCCUCCUGGCACCUAUGAUGCUAUAAUACUUGAUGCAUUUCAAGGCAUGGGUGCUUAUGCAACUGAGCUUUCAGAUAAAGACUUCCUUGAAUCGAUAGCGAAGGCUCUGAAGCCCGGCGGGGUGAUGUCGACCCCUGCAGAUAGUGUGUGGCUCAAGAAUUUUGCCAUGGAAGAUACCAUAGCUCUCUGUCGUAAAAUCUUCAAGGGAUCUGUAAACUACGCUUGGACCUCUGUUCCUUCUUAUCCAAGCGGGGCGAUCGGCUUCAUGCUCUGCGCAACCGAUGGUCCUUCAGUGGACUUCAAACAUCCUGUGAACCCAUUAGAUCCGAUAAAUUUUGGUGUUGCAAAACGACCCCCCAUGUUCUACAACUCAGAGAUUCAUACCGCUGCCUUUUGCCUGCCUGCUUUCGCGAAGUUGGCGAUGGGUUCCAAGUAUGCAUGAGAAACUCGGGAUUAUGUGCAUAAUAACAAGCUAAGCAUGAUGUCAUGUUUGCUCAGAAGUAGUUGCCAUGGCCGUGGAUCUAAGACAUCAAAAGGGCUGAGUUUACCUACACAGCCUAUACUAUACUACAGUCUUGCAAAUUCACAAUUCAGUGAUUUACCAAAUGUAAUCUCAAAGUGAAAACGAAGAAAUAGUUGUCAAUUGAUAUAUUUGUGAUAAUAUAAGAAAAAUUCGUCUAUUACAAUGGGAGUUGUCGGAUUUCAA